AAAUGAAAUGAUUAGAGAUAAAACCCAUUUCUGAGGUCAUUCGAUUCAUACUUCUUUUUCUGCUUCAGUGGUUAGAGUUAAUGGUGGUAUUAGUGGGAGUAGUAGUGUGGAUGUUAAAAAAUAAGGGUUUGUUGAUGAAGACGAUAAUUUUAAAGCUGGUGGUUCUGUGGUUUUUUCUGUUGAAAGGCCGCAGAAGAAACUCAUGGACAAACAUAUUCUGAUUUCUGAUAAGGUAUGACUCAGUUAUGAUUUUCGAUGAAUAAGUUUUGUUAGACUUAUAAUAUUAGUUAAAACAAAACCUGGGUUUCAUCUAUAUGUGUCAAUCUUGUUAACUUUAUGUGCAAAUGAGAGAGUAUUAGAGUUGUAAUUACAGUUUGUAGAAACAGUUUAUAGGAAAAUAGCUGCAUAUUUGAGUGCUAAGGUUAUAGUUGAUUUUCUUUUUCGAUGGACAUUUCUGUGGAAAAAGACGAUCGAAUUCGAUUGUUAUGUUGAUAAGCUAGGGAGAGAAAAGAAAUUGGAGACGUGCAUGGACGUUUGUUGACAGUCGAAUUCGAUUGUUAUGUUGAUAGUGCUAAGAUCAUUUGCUUUCGAAUGCCGUCAAAAUGUAAGUGGACGUGCAUGGACGUUUGUUGGUAAUAGCCCUCAGUUUAGGAGUUCAAAUAGCACUAACAAGGAAAAUUGAGAUGCCAUAUAGAGAUUGGGAUUAUAGACAUGGGAUGGGAGUUGUGGGGCUAUGGGAUCCAAGGUUCGUGAUGACGGCUUCAGUUUGCUUUGACUGUUCUAGAUGGAGGAGAAAUACGUCUUUGUUAAGGAUUGUGGUUCUAGAUGUCAGCAGCUACGUUUUUGUAGUUUGUCUUUAAGUAAGAUUAUUACUAAUUUCCUAUGUUCAUGCAUAAUGCAUUACAUGGGUAGUUUUUCAUGGUGUUACCAUGUAGUGCAUCGUGUAUUAAUAUGUUUUUCUAUUUCUACUCCAAUUAUGCGGUUGCCCUCAAUAUCUGACUAUCUGUUGGAGAAUCUCUCAGUAUCUGGUUGGAGAAUCUGUACUAGAUUUGGUUAUAAUUGGUUGUGGUCCAGCUGCUCUUUCCCUGGCUGCAGAAGCAUGUAAUUAGGCCUACAAGUUGGUGUAAUCGGACCUGCUCGACAUUCAACAAACAAUUAUGGCGUGUGGGAGGAUGAAUUCAAAGGUCAAAUGUGCAUCAUUUCUACUUCGAAAUGCAUUCGUAUUCAACUCGAAGAGUAUAGAGACAACAUGAAACAACAGUCAAACACGAAUAUGAGGAGUACCCUUCAUUUCUUUAUGCCAUAUUCAUUCAUCAGCUAGAGUUUUCUUUGAGGAAACUUGGUCGACUUAAAAAAACACCGCUCCUUUUGAUCAACUGAAGAAGAAACUGAUGGGGCACGAUUGGACAUGCUAUCGUUUUUUCACUGAAGAAGAAACUACGGGGUAUUAAAAUUGCAAAAUUUAAUGAAGAGGUAUACUUUAUUCUCAUAAAACAUGCUAUCAUGACGAUUCAUGGGUCUGCAUAACUUAUAGUGAAGACUCUCCAAUCUUUCUUCAGGCGAGCUUUCAAAUAAUGUCAGACUCUGAGGACAAUCGUGCUAUUGUUAUCGACAAUGGUUCAGGAAUGAUUAAGGCUGGAUUUUCCGGUGACGAUGCUCCGAGGGCUGUUUUCCCUAGUAUUGUUGGUCACAAUCGCCGCUCAAGCCGUAUGACAUAUGUUGGAGAUGAAGCAGAGUCUAAAAGCAGUAUUCUUACAUUGAAACACCCUAUUGAGCGUGGAAUUGUGACAAACUGGGACGACAUGGAGACUAUCUGGCAUCACACCUUCUACGAAGAACUUCGGGAGGCUCCAGAAGAUCAUCCUGUUCUCCUUAGUGAAACCUCUCUUAAUCCAAAAAGAAAUAGGGAGAAAAUGACACACAUCAUGUUUGAAACAUACAACGUCCCUGCCAUGUAUAUUUCUAAUCAAGCUGUGCUUUCCCUUUAUGCUAGUGGCCUUAGCACAGGUAUUGUGCUAGAUUCUGGUCAUGGUGUCAGCCAAGCAGUCCCCAUCUAUGAAAGUUGUGUGAUCCCCCAUGCUAUCCUCUGCCUUAACUUAGGGGGGCGAGAUGUGACUGAUUCGCUAGUGAAUAUGUUAAGUGAUGAACAAGGGUACCCAUUGGAAACUGUUACUGAACGAGUUGUAGCUCGGAUAAAAGAAUCGCUUGGCUAUGUGGCUCUUGACUAUGAUGAGGAGCUUGAGAGUGCAGAGGAUGAUUCAUCGAUCUCGAAGAGUUGGGAGCUUCCCGAUGGUGAGAUAAUUACCGUUGGAGCAGAGAGGUUCCAUGGUCCCGAGAGUCUGUUUCAACCUUCAAUGAUUGAGAUCGAUGGAAUUGGAGUGCAUGAGAUAACCUAUAACGCAAUCAUGAAAUGUGAUGUCGAUAUUCGUGAAGCCUUGUUCAAGAAUAUUGUUCUCAGUGGUGGAUCUACCAUGUUCAGUGGUUUUACCAAUCGUUUUAGCAAGGAGAUUAAGAAUCUCGUACGAGGGCGCAUGAGGACAAAAGUUAUUGCACCACCUGAUAGGAAGUACAUUACCUGGACCGGAGGGUCUGUGCUGACUUCUCUCAGUAGUUUUCAGGCGGACUGGAUAUCAAGACAGGACUAUGAAGAGUCAGGCCCUCAAAUUAUCCAUUCGAAAUGCUUCUAAGUUAAUGAGUUCUUUCUGCUGCUGUGUGUUGUGUAUUUUAUUUGUCUUGUGUGGUUUGCAGAUGGGUCAGUCAGGUCUAGAUUUGCAAUGAAACUCAUUUUAGUUUGUACUUGUUAAAAUGUUCAAUCAUUUUCAAUUUAUAUGUGUGCUUGAUUGUAAGUUGGUUGGAAAAGGACUUCUGAAAAGAGCUAUUCAUGUUCAUCAGGCGGAAGCAUGGGCUUUGUUGGAAGCUAUGCAUAUGGCGAAUACUUACGAUUGGUCUGAGGUUAUCUUUGAAACUGAUAAUGCUAAUAUUAGUUCUUAUAUAGAGAAUCACUCUACUCUUCCUCCCUGGCAGAGUGUUCCUAUACUUAAGAAAUGUGUAAACCUAUGUUACAUUAAUGCAGUUUGGUCUUGUGUCUUUGUUU